CAUGCAGCAUCCCAGCAUCCCGGCAAUCCAGCAUCCCCCCGGCAGCCCUGAUGACUGUGAAUGAAUGAAUGAAUGGAAGAGAGAGCAAGAGGAAAAUCCCCGCCCGGAAAAGAAAAGAAAGAACGAAAAGUCAGUCAGUCAGUCAGUCAGUCAGUCAUCGCUGUCUGCCCUGCUCUGCCCUACUACUGGUCAUAGCACCACACCAACACACCAACAUCCACGUACUCCGUCACUCAGACCUCCAGAGAUUCUGAAGCCCUACAGCGGACACUCUAGUUACUGCGCUGCGGACACUCUACAGCCUACCACCGCCGUUACCUGUGUGCCUGUGCUCUUACCAUUACCAUUAUUACUACCUACCCGCCUGCCUCCCAUCUCUCGCCUGUUUCCUGCCAAACCCACCGAGGAUAUUCUUAUUUCAUCUCAUCUUACUCCCAUCUUACUCUACAAUCCUCACUCUUAUUUCUAUUCUUGCUCCUGCUCCUGCUCCUGCUCCUGCUCCUACCCUUUUUAACUCCCUUACUCACUCACACACACAACACACGCACACCUCUUAUGCCGUAACACUUGCCAACAUUUCCCCCAAAACAGCAAUCAUCCUAGCACACACGCACACACGUCACUCCCAAAAAAAAAAAAAAGGAAAAUCCAU